AUUAUGAGCUCAUGCGUACAGUGUGCCUCAACCCCCUCCGGGCGAUCUGAAGCUCUGUAUAAAAGGAGCGGGUCUACAGAUCUAUUCCAUCUCCCUUUCCUACACGAUCUCCUCUACCUCAGGAUCGCCUCCAUCCCUGCAAAGAAAUGUCUUGCUACGACCUGUGUCCCACCACCACCAGCGUCGCCUGCCCCCAGCCCAUCGCUAACAGCUGUAAUGAGCCGUGCGCCCGCCAGUGCCCCGAUUCCACAGCUCUGAUCCAGCCUCCACCCGUGGUUGUCACCUUCCCCGGCCCCAUCCUCAGCUCCUUCCCCCAGCAAGCCGUGGUGGGCUCCUCCGGAGCACCCGCCUUUGGGGGCAACCUGGGGCUGGGGGGGCUCUAUGGUUAUGGGAGUCCUCUGGGUUAUGGGGCCCAAUACGGAUAUGGGAGUUCAGCCCUCUCCACGCUUGGCAGUGGUUACUGCAGCCCGUACUCCUCCCGCCGGUACAGUCGGUUCCUCCGCGGCAGCUGUGGACCCUGCUGAAUGCAGCAGAGAGGUCUCAGAGGAGCCACACAUGAAGACCCGAACACAGAGCAAUGAGGACUGGCCUUCAGCGUUCUUGCAGCCCUGUAAUGGAGCUACUGCCACUGAGCAUUUCUGAUCUUUCUUCUACUUUUUGUUUACCCUUGAGUUUCAAAUUCGUUGUUCGCCUGUUCCAGCUUUCCAAUUUUUUAACCUUCAUGGGGUGACCUAUUCCGUAUGGACAUCACUUGUAACCACAACUGUCUUCAUCAGUGGUUGCACAACAGAGGAGAGCCAUCUGAGGACAGCAACACCUCUGAGCAGGACAUUGGUUGAACAUUCUCUGACAUUGUCUGGAAACAGAUUUUUCCUAUUCUCCGAUAUCUCGCUUUGCAAACACAGGCAUUUCUUGCUCAUUAAAAUUUUGUUGCA